AUGGCUAUUCUCGGUGGCUAUACCUUGAUCCGCUUGCUCACGGCUGUCCACAUCUUUCUCGGUACUCUCCUUAUCCUAACUCCAAAACGCCUCACCGAGCAGCCCAUUAUCUUCCUCCUCGGCGAAGCCAUCGGCCUUUCACAACCCACGGAAUCUUUCUAUGACAAUCCACUUGCCAGCUCAGUCCUCGGACUGAUGUUCAUCCUCUCCGGCGUUUCCGAUUUAUUCGCCGUGUCCUCAAUGGAGGAGGUAUCGCGCGGUUACUGGGAUGCGCAGUCACCAGUUCGCAUGGCUUUUUUUGCCUGCGUCACUGGAUACACAUACAUUUUUCGGCCCGGGCGUGGGAACACCGCGGCCAGUCACCCGCUGAAGAACAGUCUUGUCUUCACGUGGGGGUUUAUGGAAGUUCUUGCAUGGUUCUGGAUUUAUCAGCAACUUAGAGAGGAACGCCGCGGCGCGCAGGAGAGGAUUGAGAAGCGGAGAAGGAUGCAUGCGAAGCUUAUGGCUGGUGAAGUUGAUGACUUCGGUAGGUAA